AUGGUGUAUGUUAUAAAGUUAUCUACUGGACAGUCGAGCUCGUUGCGUCUUCGGCGAUCGGUCAAUAACCCUGACAAUCCUUGGAAUUUGCGGUAUCUGGGACAUCACGACACUGACAGGAAUCGCCUGGCGCUGGCUCGAAGCUGUGUGGACUGCAACACUUCUGCCAGCAUUUCGCAGUUUCUUCAAGAGAUGGGAUUUCGACUGGAGUUUGAGUUUGUCUUACGCGGACACAUGUUUCGCAAAGGGCGAAUGAAAGUGGUUGUCUACAAGAUAUACCGAAUCAAUGGCGGUAGCGGUAUCUUAAACGGCAGUAUAAUUCCCAAUCUGAAUGAUGUCCUUGAGCCAAUUACAAACUCCAAUUUGGUCGAGUUGAGUGUCAUUGCGCCUACUCACCAGUCUUCUAUUGCUGAAGAAAUGAAACAAUUUUCCGACUUGCUUAAACCUCUGGUUAUGCUGGAAAACGUUGAUAUGCGAAAGCUCAAUACAUGA